AUGGAAGCGAGGCUCACCGCAAUGGAACAACAGAGAGAAGUGGCUUGUAGGGCCUUCCCACUGACUUUGAAGGGGCUGGCAAGAGUAUGGUUCGGGUCUUUGACACCUAGGUCCAUAGACAGCUUCGGGGAGUUGGCUUGUCUAUUCCUCACACAGUUUAUGGCGAGCCGAAGAAGGAGAGGCCCCAAAGCAUCCCUCUUCACCAUCAAGCAGGGGGAAGAUGAGAGUUUGAAGGCAUACCUAUCGAGGUUUAACAAAGAGCGGAUGACUAUGGACGACCAGAACGAGAAGAUAACGAUGGCGGCCCUCUUGGGAGGAGUGUGGCCCCGAUCCUAG